AUGACGCAUCCAAGCCAACGUGCUAGUGUCGAAUGGGCCAGCGGGAGAGCAGUCGGACGCACUACACCGUCUACCGUCCGUGGACAGAAGGCUGCCACGGCGGAGGUUCCAAGGAAAUGGGAUGACGAAUCAAGUGGGGGGCACACAGGCAGGCUGGUGCGGGCGUCGAGUGGAAUGAUACAGUGGCAGUGGCGCAAACAUCCUUCGCGCACCCAACUCCCUGGCGACGACGACGGCGGCGGCGGCAACAACAGCAACAACAACAACGACGACGACGACAAUGACAAGUACAAGCGGCACGCCUCUGCCCUCUGGCGGGCUCCGCGCGACGCCCGGCUGUCUCAAGGCGACAGCGCUGUCGGUUUCACAAUGGCGAUGCAGUUCGCACCAUGGACGACUUCCAGACGACCAAAACAUCUGCGCCACGCCUGGCGCCCGCCAACCAGCAGCGGCCGCUCCACACGGUACUCGGGCCCUGGCACCGCCUGCACCGCCUACAUACAGGCGGCAGGCGAUACAUUACAUACGCACGCACGCGGCAUCGAGGGCGGGCAAAAGCUCUCUACUACCACGACGGAAGCAGAAGCUUUGGCAGCGUGCCCUAGCGCCGGUAACUAUCCCCGCACGCCAGCCCCCAAGCAGCGCGCGCCCAUGUCAGCCUUGCGCUCCUACUCCCACGCUAAUCGCCCAUCAUUCCAUCGAAGCCCGCAAACGAGCCGGCGAAUCAGCGAUCGGCAGGCCAAGGGCUGCAACGAGCACGAGCAAGAGAGCAAAGAGGGCAAGAGGGCAAUGGCGCUUGGGCGCUAG